UUCUCUUACGACCCGGCUUGCACCUAUCUGCAGACAUGCUGCCCUUAGCUGUUAUCUUGGUGAUCGGCGUUUUUGCGCAACAGACGUUCGCUGACGAACCCGAAGCGAUCGUCGGCGGUCAGCCUGCCGCACUGGGUGAAUUCCCGUGGCAAGUUUCUCUGAAUGUCAAUGGCCGGCACGUUUGCGGCGGUUCUAUCAUUGCACCCAAUAAAAUUUUGACCGCCGCUCAUUGCAUAAAAGGUGUCGUAUCUCCGCCCUACAACAACUUGCGCAUUGUUACCGGAACGGUCGUAGCCACUCAAGGACAAUCUUAUGCUGUACAAGGUGUCCGCUUACAUCCCCAGUAUGUGGAUAGCGUAUCGCAAUCUUGGGUGAAUGACAUCGCCGUGAUCACCCUUGCUGGAUCGAUUACAUAUAAUCAAAACCAGAGAAAUAUUCCUUUGGCCACCAGUCCGCCAGCUCCUGGCACGCUAUGUACUUUGUCCGGAUGGGGUUUGACAAGUGCCAAUGGACGACUUUCGCCGAACCUUCUUAAGAUGAACCAAGCCAUAGUCAGUAAGUCAACUUGCCAGAAUGCACACAGAGGACAGCCAAUUUAUGACAGCCACUUGUGUGCGUUAAAUCAACGCGGAAUCGGUGCUUGCCAAGGUGACAGCGGUGGUCCAUUUGUCUGCAAUGGCCAACAGUACGGUGUGACUUCCUGGGUUCUUCCUUGCGCCGUCGGUGUUCCUGAUGCUUACACCAGCGUCUAUCAUCAUUUGAAUUUCAUCCGAAGCUCAAGUGCAAGAAGAUGCUAUUCGCACUUUCCUUUUCGACUCAGCUUGCGUUCAUUUGCAGACAUGCUGUCCUUAGCUGUUAUCUUCGUUAUUGGCGUUUUCGCGCAACAGACUUUCGCUGACGAGCCCGAAGCGAUCGUCGGCGGUACGGCUGCCGCGCCGGGCGAAUUUCCGUGGCAAUGUUCCUUGCAACAAUACGGUCAGCACAUUUGCGGUUGUUCCAUCAUUGCCCCCAAUAAAAUUUUGACCGCCGCUCAUUGUGUGCAUGGCAUUUUUUCUCCACCUUACUCCAACUGCCGCGUUGUCACUGGAACCAUUAAUGUCAACCAAGGACAAUCUCACACUGUGAAGAGUAUUCGCGUACAUCCCCAGUAUGUAGAUGACGUAAGAGAAUCUUGGGUGAAUGACGUCGCUGUGAUCACCCUUACUGCGUCGAUUCAAUAUAAUCAAUACCAGAAAAGUGUUCCUUUGGCCAACAGUGCGCCAGUCCCUGGCACGCAAUGCACCUUGUCUGGAUGGGGUUUGACAAGUGCCAAUGGACGAUCUCCGACGAACCUUCUUAAGAUGCACCAAGCCAUAAUCAGUCACGCACAAUGUAAAGAAGAAUAUAGAGGAUCGAAGAUUUAUGAAAGCCAUUUGUGUGCAUACAAUAAGCGUGGAAUCGGCGCUUGCCAGGGUGACAGCGGUGGUCCAUUUGUCUGCAAUGGCGUACAGUACGGUAUUACUUCCUGGGUUUUACCUUGCGCUGUCGGUGCUCCUGAUGCUUACACCAGUGUCUAUCAUCAUUUGGCCUUUAUCAGAAGCUCAUAUUCGCACUUACUUUUUCAACACAGCUUACACCCAUCCGCAAGCAUGCUGUCUUUUGCUGUCAUCUUCGUAGUCGGCGUUUUUGCGCAACAGACGUUCGCUGACGAGCCCGAAGCGAUCGUCGGCGGUACGCCUGCCGCGCCGAACGAAUUCCCGUGGCAAUGUUCCUUGCAACAAAACGGUCAACACAUUUGCGGUUGUUCCAUCAUUGGCCCCAAAAAAAUUUUGACCGCCGCUCAUUGUGUGAAGGACAUUUUCUAUCCACCCUACUCCGAUUGCAGCAUUAAAACUGGAUCCAUUAAUGUUAAACAAGGACAAUCUCACACUGUGAAGAGUAUUCGCAUACAUCCCCAGUAUGUGGAUAGUGUAUUGGAAUCUUGGGUGAAUGACGUUGCCGUGAUCACCCUCAAUAAAGCGAUACAGUAUAACGCACAGCAAUCUGCUAUCCUUUUGGCCGACAGUCCGCCAGUGGCUGGCACGCGAUGCACUUUGUCUGGAUGAAGUAUGAUAAGGGCCAAUGGACCUCUUCCGACGUAUCUUCUUAAGAUGGACCAGGUCCUAGUCACUAAAAAACAAUGUGAAGAUGGCAACAGAGGAA